AUGUCGGUCAUAACCAUAUGUAAAGCUGUCAAAGAAAUGAAUACUUUUAAAAGUCAACCAACUACAAAACUUAUCAAUGCUUCUACUUUGGCAAAGUUAACUGAGAAAACAUCAAUAACUGUGCCGUCUACAUCAUCCGUCCAGUCAAAUCAGAUAUUGCUGAUUAACAAUGUCGAAGGACAACCCGUGUCUGGUAUAUUGUUACCUUCUAAUCAUUUCAUGUUAAAAUUGAAUCAAAACCAGCUCCAACCCGAAUCAGAUCCAGAUGAUAAUACCGAGCGUGAAUCUACUUCAAAGUAUUUUUCAAUGAAUAAGAGUGAAAAGAAAAUGUUUAGAGAAACAUUUUUUUAUACACUUCUUGAUUUUAUGCACGAAAUUGUGAAAGAUGGUCGUAUUGUUAGUUCUUCUGAUCAUAUAUGGGAACGUGUUGCUUCAAAAUUAGAUAAUAUACUGAAACCAAAAAGUAUUUACAAUCGUUUUAUUCUAAAUAAACAUUCUUGUAGAACUAGAUUAAUCGAAGCAUAUCUCAAAGACCCUAAAAGUCAAACUACAGAUAUAUCAGUACUAAACCAUAUGAUGAAAACAGAUAUGCACCAUGAAGUUGUUGGAAAAAGACCGGGUCAUGUUGAUAAUGAAACAUUUUAUGACGCUUUGUUCGUGUUCAAAGAUAAGGUUCUAAAGGAUGGAGAGGUAGCACCAAGUGUUGAUUCUGUUUGGAAUCAAAUCUCAGCACACUUGAACCAUGCUUUAAAGCCCAAUAGCAUUUACUUGAGAUUCAAACGUAAUACCCACAAUUGUCAUAAAAAAUUGCUUACUCAUUGUAAACUUGACCCCUCCAAAGCUAAAACGUAUGACGUUCCUAGUCGAAAGUUUGUACCCUCCGUGGAAAAGCAACAAAAUAAAGUAAAAAAGAAAAGUUUGAAGUUUGAAGAUUCUUCCAAAUUUUUCAAAGCAUUAUACACCCAUAGGAAAAAAAUCAUACAAAAUGGAUCAAUAGCAAGAUACAAUAAUUCGGUUUGGAAUGAAGUGGCAAAGAUGUUAGAUUACGCUCUACAACCAUCUGAUGUCCAUUCUAAAUUUAUUCGUAAUCAUGACUUAUGCCAGACUAAACUUAUUGAGGAAUGUAAGGAAGAUGAGAAUUUCACACCAUUAGUCGUUCCAAAAUUGAAUAAACCUAAUAGUGUAUCUGAUGAAACAUUUUUCAAUGUAUUAUGUAAAUACCGUGAUGAUAUUUUACAAAAUGGAAGUGAAAUAGCUAAAUUUUCUAAUCCCGUUUGGACUCAAAUUUCAAGAGACCUUAAUGAUACCUUAAAGCCAGCAACUGUAUACUUCAGGGUAACAAGAAAUUCUCAACUAUGUUUAAAUAGACUUCUUAAACCUACUGGAUUAUUGACAGACUACGCUUACAAAGAUACAGUUAAUAAAGACCAGUUUUUCGAAACAAUAUGCUUGUAUAAAUAUUCAAUAAUGAAUGGUGAUCAAGUUGUAGAUUUAAGUGAUCCCGUUUGGAAUGAGAUUUCUCUUCGAUUAAACUCUGCAUUAUCUCCUGAAGUUAUCUUUGACACAAUUUCUAAAGAUAAAGAUUUGUGUAAGACAAAAAUGAUUCAAGCUCUUAAAACAGAACGCAGUGUGUUUUCCGGAGAAAAUCCUGAAGUUUCUGAAAAUAUGACUGAAUUAACACCAAUAGUCGAAUGUAAUAUUUCCAAUGAAUCUACUGAUGAUUUUGUUGAAGUUAUUAGUGAAUUUAAAGAUUCUAUAUUACUAGCCAAUGGACAAAUAGCUUUAAAAGAUGAUCCUGUAUGGAAACAAAUAUCUAGUCGUUUGAAAGAUCUGAAGGCAGAUGAAGUUUAUUCAUAUAUCAUUAAUGAUUAUAAAAAUUGCCGUACUCGACUUUUUAAUAUUAAUUCUGUUCCUAAAAACAACUUAUUUGAAGCAAUAUUUGCACACCGACAGUCGGUUAUAAACAAUAAUGUUAUUGCAAAUAUUAAUAAUGGAGUCUGGACGAAAAUCAGUCAAAAACUAAACUAUGCAUUGAAACCCAGAGAAAUUUAUAUGAAAUUCAUUAAAGAUGUAGAUGGCUGCCGUACAAAGCUGUUGAAAUCUUCAAAAAAAGAAUUUUGUCGUUCUCAAGGUAUUGAUAAAGACAAGUUUUUAGAUGUGAUAAUUAACCAUAAAGACUCCAUACUUAAAAACGGAACACAUGCUAAACCUAGUGAUCCAAUUUGGAGAGAAAUUGCAUCUAAACUUAACUUUUUAGUAAAACCAUUAACUCUUUAUAAUAACUUUAUGUUAAAUAGACAUAACUGCCAGCAGAAACUUCUAGAAGCUUGCGAAACAGAUAAAAAUGAAGUAAUUGCUUCACCAAUCUCAUCAAAAAUUACUUCUCAGAUGGACCACGAUUACACAAAAGGUGACGCAGACACUAGUUUUGAAGAUUUGAUAUCCAUGAGACAAAAAGUUGGCUAUGUACAAGAAAAUGACUUCAUUGGAGCUUGUUUAGUGUUCAAAGAUAAAUUAGUGAAAAAUAACUGUAUAGUGUCUUCUACUGAUAAUGUUUGGAAUGAUAUAUCAAAACACCUUAAUUAUGCAAUCAAAGCUAAAACAGCUUAUUUGAGAUUUAAACGAAACACUCAUAAUUGUCAAGGGAAAUUGUUUGGAAAUUUUCAAUUAAAUGAUGUUUCUUACGAAGGAGAUGACGAUGCAUAUUCUGCUGAAGAACAAAGCAUCGAAGAUGAGAUGUUCUUUGAUGCAAUAUCAAUUUUUAAACAUUCCAUUAUCAAUAAUGGUAUUUUUGCUAUGGAAUCUAGUCCAGUUUGGUCGGACGUUUCAAAUUUAAUGAACAAUUUACUCUCUCCUGAUGAAGCAUUUUGGAAGUUUCGUCAAAACAGUGACUCGUGUAGAACAAAAUUAAUAAAAAAGUGUUUGGCGGAUUGGACCAAUGAACCUUCCUCAGUAAUUAAAAAUCGAAUCCAAGUUAUUAAAUCAAAAGAAGCAUUGUGGAAAGAAACGUUAAAAACUGAACAAACUAUGAGGAUGGAUAAAAAAAAUUACACAAAAACUUCAAACUUAAACGACGAUGUAUUCUAUGAUGCUAUUUAUAAAUAUAAAAGUGAUAUAUUCCAUAAUGACUUGAUUGCAAGCUGUACAAGUCCUGUAUGGGCAGCUAUAGCCAAAGAGUUAGACAAUGAAAUGGAACCAUCUACUGUAUACUUAAGGUUUAGGAAUAACAUGACUAAAUGCAACCUGAAAUUUGCAGAAGCCGCUCAAAGACACAAUACCUAUCAAUUAAAACAAAAACAUAGUCAAAUUAAAAAACCGAAACAAUUACUUAUUGAAGAGAAUUCUAAUGAAUCAUGUGAUCAACAUAUGGUUAUAGACUAUGAUGACGAAGAAAUUAUAGAAAUUGAAUCUGAUAUUAAGAAUUACAGGCCUGUUUAUAAAACUAUACCAUUGCAAACAGAGUUGCAAACAAUUAAACAUGUAAAUAAAUGGAAAUGA